AUGGAUUCUACCCAGAAUUUGUGCAAAAUUCCUCCUAAGCCGCAUGAUGAUUCUCGGGUUCCCAUCUCAACCCCAACAAAUUCUUUGAAUUUCCCUCCCAAACCGCCAAACAUAGCCAAAAACUUUGCUUCUCUGUUCAAGAAACCCACAAACAGGGAAAUCUUUCUCCCUUCCCCGUCUGCUUCAGCUAUUAUUCCACCAUCCUCUGUGAAUUCGGAGAAGGGGCAACAAUAUAAACAGAAUCCAGAAAAAGGAAAUAACAUUGCAGCAUUGAAUGAGGAGAAUGAAUUGGUGGAUGGGCUUAAUGGAAUAGACCAAAAUCUAUCUACCCAAGUAACCCUUGGUGACUGUGUUCAACAACAAAUUGGAGAGGUUAUGGCUAAGAGUCAGCAAACAAGAGAUGCCCCAACUUCUAUGGAGAGGGAAACUCAGCAUAGGGUGAGAUUGCAGAAUGAUGGGAUGGGGGUGAGCAAGGUGUUGGAAAAAAUAGGGUCCAGCCCUUUGGUACAGAGCACAUUGGAUACUCCAAAUGUUGUUGGGGUCAGUCUAGAGACACUGCCCUCUUCCUCCCCUGAUCCUUUCAUUAACAAGGAUGAUUAUAAUCUAGGAGUGGAUCUGGCUGUCUGGGAGGAUGCUGAUGCUGUUGUGUUAAUGCCCAAUGAACCUAUUGCAGGAAUCCUAAGAGAGGGGUGUGGGACACCUAAAGAGAAUCUGGGGAAUGUUUUGCUCUGUAUGCCCCUUCUUUGA